ACAGCUACACCAUCUUCAAUCGCCACGACAACAUCAAGGAAGUAUGGCACUGUUCCCGCGACUUCCGGGACUCUGAGAUGCCAGAGGACUUCUAACUUGACGAAUCCAUGAUUAAAGCAUUGCAGGAAGCCGCUCAGUGUUAUACCUCCCCAACAAAUCAUAGUCAUUUCAGACCUUGGGCCCUCAUCCAGAUGCCCGACUUCGUCCGUGCAUUCCGCUUCUCGUACCCUAUGCUGCUUUCGGCUGGCGAAAAUAACGCUUAUUUGUGGGACGUGCCGACGUCUCGUCCUGUUGAAACGACUGGCAACAUUCAGGCUCCGAAUGAAGGCGGGACACUAGGACGCCUCAACUAUGUUGAAGUCAACAACCAAUACGCUUUCUUCUGCGGGUCCAUUCAACUACGUUUUUUUUGCAAGGUGCAGUGGGGCCAUGGUCUAUUAUCUGGGCAUGAAAGAUUUGCCGUGCACCUACUGGGACGUGCUUCCAGAUAGCGACGAUCACCCGUGCCCUUCUUCGCUCUACCAGCCCUAACGACUUCACGAAGCAUAUCACGUCUCAUCUACAUGUCAGAGCAACUUUGUCGCGGGUAAGUUAUACACGUCGAUCUACACAAUUUAGUCACUGUUUGCGCAGCCCAUGAAUCUUCCUCGGGCAA